UUUUCUUCUCCAGCCGGGAGGACGCGGCUGUGACACGAAGAAGCACUGGAAGAGAGAUGCAAGUAUUUGAAGAAAUUGGCAGGAACAGAAGAAAAUUAGGUACUGUGGAUUAUCUUGAGGGGGAGGAAGAUACUAAUUUGGACCUUGUGUGGACAGUAAUGACCUCACGUUUCCGUUUGCCUGCUGGCAGAACCUACAAUGUACGAGCAUCAGAGUUGGCCCGAGACAGACAGCAUACAGAGGUGGAUUGCAACAUUCUUCUUCUGGAUAACACUGUACAAGUUUUCAAAGUUAGUAAACAUGAUCAAGGACAAGUUCUGUUGGAUAUAGUCUUCAAACAUCUUGAUUUGACUGAGCGUGACUAUUUUGGUUUACAGUUGGCUGAUGAUUCCACAGAUAACCCAAGGUGGCUGGAUCCAAACAAACCAAUAAGGAAGCAGUUAAAGAAACUGCUUUUAUUAAUUCUAGGAGGAUCUCCUUACAGUUUGAACUUCAGAGUCAAAUUUUUUGUAAGUGACCCCAACAAGUUACAAGAAGAAUAUACAAGGUACCAGUAUUUUUUGCAAAUUAAACAAGACAUUCUUACUGGAAGAUUGCCCUGUCCUUAUAAUACUGCUGCCCUUUUGGCUUCAUUUGCUGUUCAGUCUGAAUUUGGAGACUACAACCAGUCAGAAAACUUGCCAGGCUACCUCUCAGAUUAUUCUUUCAUUCCUAAUCAACCUCAAGAGUUUGAAAAAGAAAUUGCAAAAUUACAUCAGCAACAUACAGGCUUAUCUCCUGCAGAAGCAGAAUUUAAUUACCUGAACACAGCACGUACCUUAGAACUCUAUGGAGUUGAAUUCCACUAUGCAAGGGAUCAAAGUAACAAUGAAAUUAUGAUUGGAGUGAUGUCAGGAGGAAUUCUGAUUUAUAAGAACAGGGUACGAAUGAAUACCUUUCCAUGGUUGAAGAUUGUAAAAAUUUCGUUUAAGUGCAAACAGUUUUUUAUUCAACUUAGAAAAGAAUUGCAUGAAUCCAGAGAAACCUUAUUGGGAUUUAAUAUGGUGAACUACAGAGCAUGCAAAAAUUUGUGGAAAGCUUGUGUAGAACAUCACACCUUCUUCCGUUUGGACAGACCCCUUCCACCUCAAAAGAAUUUUUUUGCACAUUAUUUUACAUUAGGUUCAAAAUUCCGGUACUGUGGGAGAACUGAAGUCCAGUCAGUUCAGUAUGGCAAAGAAAAAGCAAAUAAGGACAGGGUAUUUGCAAGAUCCCCAAGUAAACCCUUGGCACGAAAAUUAAUGGAUUGGGAAGUAGUAAGCAGAAAUUCAGUAUCUGAUGACAGGUUGGAAACACAAAGCCUUCCAUCACGAUCUCCGCCUGGGACGCCUAAUCAUCGAAAUUCUGCAUUCACACAAGAGGGACCCCGGUUACGACCAUCUUCAGUUGGUCAUUUGGUAGACCGUGUGGUUCACACUUCCCCAAGCGAAGUAUUUGUGAAUCACAGAUCUCCAUCUUCAACACAAGCUAACAGCAUCAUUCUGGAAUCAUCACCAUCACAAGAGACCCCUGGGGAUGGGCAGCCUCCAGCUUUACCGCCCAAACAAUCGAAGAAAAACAGCUGGAACCAAAUGUAUUAUUCACAUUCGCAACAAGAUCUGGAAAACCAUAUUAACGAGGCAUUUGAUGUUCCAUCUUCCCCUGAAAAAUCUACUCCUAAUGGUGGUAUUCCACAUGAUCAUCUUGUUCUAAUCAGAAUGAAACCUGACGAAAAUGGAAGAUUUGGAUUCAAUGUAAAGGGAGGAUAUGAUCAGAAGAUGCCUGUGAUCGUGUCCCGAGUAGCACCAGGAACACCUGCUGACCUCUGUGUCCCUCGAUUGAAUGAAGGUGACCAAGUUGUACUGAUAAAUGGUCGGGACAUUGCAGAACAUACCCAUGACCAGGUUGUCCUGUUUAUUAAAGCUAGCUGUGAGAGACAUUCUGGGGAACUCGUACUUCUAGUCCGACCUAAUGCUGUCUAUGAUGUAGUGGAAGAAAAGCUAGAAACUGAGCCAGACUUCCAGUACAUUCCUGAAAAAGCCCCACUAGAUAGCGUCCAUCAGGAUGAUCAUUCCCUGCGGGAGUCAAUGAUCCAGCUAGCCGAGGGGCUUAUCACGGGAACAGUCCUGACACAAUUUGAUCAACUAUAUCGGAAAAAACCUGGAAUGACAAUGUCUUGUGCCAAAUUACCUCAGAAUAUUUCCAAAAAUAGAUACAGAGAUAUUUCGCCUUAUGAUGCUACACGGGUCAUUUUAAAGGGUAAUGAAGAUUAUAUCAAUGCAAAUUAUAUAAAUAUGGAAAUUCCUUCUUCUAGCAUUAUAAAUCAGUACAUUGCUUGUCAAGGGCCAUUACCACACACUUGUACAGAUUUUUGGCGGAUGACUUGGGAACAAGGCUCCUCCAUGGUUGUAAUGUUGACCACACAAGUUGAACGUGGCAGAGUGAAGUGCCACCAGUAUUGGCCAGAGCCCACAGGAAGUUCAUCCUAUGGAUGCUACCAAGUCACCUGCCACUCGGAAGAAGGAAAUACUGCAUAUAUCUUCAGGAAGAUGACACUAUUUAACCAAGAGAAAAAUGAGAGUCGUCAACUCACUCAGAUCCAGUACACAGCCUGGCCUGACCAUGGUGUCCCUGAUGAUUCCAGUGACUUUCUGGAUUUUGUUUGUCACGUACGAAAUAAGAGGGCCGGCAAGGAAGAACCUGUUGUUGUUCAUUGCAGUGCUGGGAUUGGAAGAACUGGGGUUUUGAUUACUAUGGAAACAGCCAUGUGUCUCAUUGAAUGCAACCAACCAGUUUAUCCACUAGACAUUGUAAGAACAAUGAGAGAUCAACGAGCCAUGAUGAUCCAGACACCUAGUCAAUACAGAUUUGUAUGUGAAGCUAUUUUGAAAGUUUAUGAAGAAGGAUUUGUUAGACCCUUAACGACAUCAUCAAAUAAAUAAGAAAGCAAAAAAUCUGGAAUAUGUGUUAGAAAACUGCUUUCCAAUUAUAUUCACUGUGCCAUAAUACUGCUUGCAGGAAAUGGCAUCUAAACAAAAAAUGAAGAACUGACAAAAACUGAAAACUUCAGCACUGUUGCACUUUAUGUUUAAAAAAAAGUCAUUCUCAAAACCUAUAAUUCAUGUGUUUAAAGACUAUUUCAUGCUUUGUUUCGAACAAAUAGUGAAUAACUGAGUAUGUUCAGGGUAACUUAUGAAAUUUUGUAGUGGUGCCAUGCAGUCCCCUACCAGAAGAAUUGCCACAGACAAGGCUCAGAAUUCUCAUCAUCUCUGUUACACCUGUACUUUGAAAGCAAAAAGAAGUAAACAUCAGGAGUCAGCUCUGGUGUUUGCAGUGAUUCAUGUACUUACUAUAUUACUUGAUUACCAGAUUUUAUUUUUUAAAUUUUAGCAAUAUCAUUUUCAAUAUUAGCCAAUACACUGCCUAUGGAUGCAGCACAUCUUUCCCUACACUCCCCCUGUAGAGACCUGCUGUUCAUAAGAAGAAAGGUGGAAUUGCUUUUCCCAGGAAAUGCUGCACAUUGUCCAUUUACCAGCAUCUUACAGAAAGUAUAAAUAUGAAUCUACAGAUUUUCUUGAAUUUAAUAAUGUAACAUAUUUACCUUAAGGUUGGCUUAUUCCAAAUCAUGUGAUUUCAUGUACUUGAUAUAAAGGAAUGCAUGUAUUAUGUCUUAACCCCGUAAGUGCCUUGAGACAUCUGUGUAUGUCUAAUGAAUAGGCACUCAUUUGACCCACUAGUAGGUAUGUAUGUAUACUGUACACUUACAUUUUUAUGCAUUUUUAAUCAGUUCACAUUUGCAAAUAACUUCUUGUAUUGAGAGUUAUGCAGUCAAAGAAGGGUAAGAAAAUUCUGUUUCUUACUCAGACCCUGUAUUUUGUCACAGGAAGCAAAGGUAAUUAGUGUUCUUCUGAGUGAGAGCUCUGCUGCUAUGGAAUUGUUUAAAUCUGCACAUUCCUUUCCUGAAAGACAGGGUUACAGUUUAGCAGCUCAAGUUAAAAGAUGCUUUAGUCUUCAAAUUUAUAUUUAUUUUAUCCCUUGCUUUACAAAUGGCAUCUAAUAUGCACAUUAAAGUUAAACAUAUUGAUACUCUAAGCUAGAGUUAGACCAGUUUAGUUGUGGCUUAUUUCUAUUACUAAUGGAAUUAUUACUCUUCAGCAUUCAUUUCAGUUCAUACCACAUUUUGUUCACACUAGUCUAAUAGUCAGGAUACUUCAAACAAGGAAUGAAACAUUGUUGACUUAUUUCAAAGUAUAAUCCCUCAGUAACUGAAAUGAAAUGAAAUCCCUCAAUAACUGAAAUGAGGGUUUUUCUGGUCAUUUUUGUAUACCGUUAAGUUACUCUAAUUUACAUGUACUUACGAGGUUAUAAGCAUGUUACUUCAUGGAGACUGUUGGCUGUCCUGCCUGAUGGAGGAUCUGAUGCCCUUUAAGGACUUGGAUAAUUUCCUGUUCAGGUUUUUUUAUUUUAAUUUUUAAGUCUACAGGGAGAUAGAACUUUAAAAUUGCCCUGCUUUAAUAUAAGUGGAAAUUUGCUCACCUAUUGAAAUGUUAUAAUUACACAAUUAUUUUAUAUGGAUUAUUGUUGAAAUUUACUUUUACUGGUGUUUUCUGAAUAUUUCAGAAUAGUAUUGAUAAAAUUUAGAGUUGAAUGGUGGAUAUUUUGGAAUGCCAUUUAGUAUGAGGAGGGAAAUGUAUAUUUUAAAAUCUUCAGUAUAAUCUAAAUGAUGUUCUUUCAGAUAGUCAAAAUCCAUAAUAAUCAAUUUUAGGAAGUUAAGUCCUAAUCAUUAAUAGCCAAGAUACCAAAUAAAUUAUUAUUAAAAUAUUUUAAGUUUUCUAAAAAGAAUAGUAAACAUAACCAGUAUGUCUAAGAGAAAUUCUCUUAUCUAUUUCUGAAUUUCAUAAUCAAGACAGUAUUAGAGUAAAUAAGCUGUAGUUUUAUUUGAACAUUCCAUUCUCUGCCAACAGAUAAAUGUAAUAUAGGCUGCUCUAUGACAUGAUUGAUGAUCAGUUGAAAAGUGAAAUCAUGUUCAGGUCUACAUAAUUAAAAACUGGGAAGUUUUUCACAUGAAUUAAAAAGAAAAUUGGUCUGUUCUAUGUGGAUAGAAUAUGACAACCACAGAUUUAAAAACAAAAGAUACAGUUGUAUAGAGAUAAACAGAUAAGUGACAUGGUUGGCAUGUUCUUUAGGGCUUAAUGUUUACACUUCUGAGAUUAACUAAUAAUUGUUGGCAGUGAGCACUGCUGCCUUUUUUAACCGUUAAGGCCAGUCUGUAAAUCCCACAUAUAUCAAGUGUUCAUCUGAGAGGUGUUCUCGGUCAGUAUUGUUAUGUACAAAAAAAUUCUUCUUUAAAGGCAUAUUUAUUGGGGUCUUAAAUUUAAAAAUAUGCUAAUUAUGCUUCCCUGUUCACUCAACAGAUAAGACAUUAUCCAUUACACCUAAGAAUUUUUUAACCUGUUUAUUGAUCUAUGUAGGGUUCUAGAAUCAUCCUAGCUUUGGUACACCAAGUAGGUCUAGAUUUCACUCAUAUCAUGUAACAUCAAGUGAUAAAAAUGCCAGAUUACUUAUAUCUAAACUACUCUCCCCUUCCACUCCCCACCCCCCCAAUUAAUCAACGUUGACUGUUACUCUCACAAAUGGAAAUAGUUAUUGGCGAACCUCUCUGAUUUAUAUGAUGGUUUUACGAUGUUCAUUUCAAAUGUAUGUUUGAGCAUCUGAUUUGUGUCAGCACUCUGUACACAGGAUGAGAAAUAUUUUGGAAUAGACUUUACAUUCACAAAAAGAAUUGGUAGUAUUUGUUAAGCCAAUGCACUCAUUCAAAAUAGACGCAGAGUAACAGCAUCUAUUUUUAUUUCCUUUGCGUGGCCUCCUAGUGAAAGUAGGAGAUGGGGAAAGGGUUGGUCAUUUUGAAGAGUAAAGAGAAAAUGUAUACUGAUAUAUAAAAACUGGCUUCAAAUGUAUAAAGGUAUGUUAAGUCAUUAAGACAAUUGCUUGAAGGUUUCAAGUACUAAUAUUACACAUAAGAUACUUUUGUGUGUUUCACAAAAGCUAAUGCUCUAAGAGAGGUAAAGGAUUAUUUUAACUAUAUAGUUGUUGAUAAUUUGUUGGCAGAUCUGAUCAGAUCUAAUCAGGUAUUUGAGCAAAAGCCUCCUGUUUCCACAGGCAGUACCAUGUACAACAUUAGAGCUAAAAGGAACCUGAAAGACUUUUAUCUAAUUUCACUCUGUUAUUUUAGGCAACAUGUGUGAUUAUCAUAAAUUCUCAUGAAUUUUAGGGUUUCAGCGCAAGAAUUCUAUUCAGGCAGUGGUUUCACUAUGAUGUCACUUAGUUUAGAAAAUAAGUAGACUUUUCAAAGUGAUCCUCAGUGGGACCUGAUCCAGUUUGCUAGCCAUGCUUCCUUGACAGAUCAUAAGCUUUUGUAAGGUAUUUAAGCUGUAUAUGUGCGGUGCAAAAACAUUCUAAAAUGCAAAUUAGAAGGCUAAUUUUUAAAAGCACUUAAAACAUAAAACUAAGAUUUAGAAUAUAUGUCUACUUGCAAUCAAAUAAUUUAUGUGAACAUGUAGUAGCAUUACUUGUUUUAUAAUCUUAUCAGGAAGGGAGAAGAAGGAAACAAGAAUUUUUAACAGUGUUCUAUUUAAUAUCUGUGUUUUGAAUGUUUAAAAUAUUCUGACGGUAAGGUUGCCAAAGUAGGUUUGAAUUCAUAAAAAUUAUUUAUACCACAGUAAUGUGAGGUAUGUUUACAUCUCUUUUAUUUUGUUGUAAUUAUUUUGUAGUUCAGGUGAAUUUUCAUUUAAGUCCCUUAGAGUUACACAUUAUGGUAAAUAUUUGUUGGAAUAAACAUCUCUUAAUAACAUGACAAGACCAAGAUAAAUUAUGCCACAGUUUGCUUUUAUGUAAUUGCCACAUCAACAAAGUGACUCUAUUAGGACUGCUUACUCGCCACGUUUGCUUCAACUAUCCCACCACUGCUCUUGCAGCAUGUGUGUGUGUGUGUGUUGUUUCCUCCAAGUAAAAGAGCUAUGUUAAUUGAAAUCCACUGGAUUAAUUGAAUCAAAUAUCAGAAUUACUGAUAUUGGUGCCUCAGUGUGAUCACAACACAAGUUGUAGCAACCAUUUUGUGAAAUUCUUUGAGAGUUAUGUAGAAACACAUUUACAUAAUAAAACAUUUUAGGACUAACUGCUAAUAGAUAAUUUCAGCAAUUUUAUAAAGAGCCCAUGAAAUGAAUCUCUAAAUUGAAUUUGGGGGAUUCAACUUUCUUUACAAUGUCUACAACUAUCAUCAACACAAUUUUUUAUUGUAUACAGAUUUCAUUCUUAGUAGCAAUAAGCCUUUCAAUGUUAUCAAAAACAAGCCCUAUUUCAGUCAGAAAUUAGACAUUUUAUUUCCAAAAUCUUGGUGAAAAUACCAAUUUUAUUCCUGUUUCCUAUCUAAAUUUGCUGCUAUUUAUUUGUAUGUUUUCUACGGCAGUUUCCUGUUGAUUUCUAAAGUUUAAUAUUCAUUGUUUUCAUUUUAGUAAUGCAAGCUAAAUGGGCAGCCAGAAGUAGUAUCUACUGGGGUGCAAUUCAUCAACACUGGCUAGACAUGGUUCAUUGCAUAAAUAAGUAAACUGAUCUUUUUUAAAUUUACAAAGUGAAAGGUAUUAGUAAUAGUUCAAGUUAAAAGCUACAAUUUUAGGAAGAAAUCCUAAUGUUUAACUUCCUGAAACAUUUCAAAAUUUCAAAUACAGGAAUGAAAACGUUUUAAAACCUUGUUGUGCUCAUAGAAGUUUUAGUUAAAUACUGUUGAAUUUUUCUCUUGUGGUGUAAAUGAUAUAGAAAAUAUUUUUCUAUGGGCAAAAGAUUGAAACUUCUUUUACUUCAUUGUUUAAAAAGGAAAAAUUGAUAUUUGUCUUUCAUGCUGUAAAGAAAAUGAAUGUAUCUUUCAAUGUUAUGAGAAUUAUGACUUAAUUAUGGGGAUACUCUUUGGUUUAAAAAAAAAAGUCAGUGAGAUUAAAAA